ACUGGUUGCACAGUGAUGCACAGCCGCCUUACCUAACAAUUCAUAGGCAUUUCUCGACUUUACUUACAUUUUAGUUACCCACGCCCUAUCGGCUAUUCAGCAUUGUUCCUCAUUCAGCUCAUUCUUGUUCCUGUUUUUGUCAUAGUAAAUUCACAUCUAACUUUUAAACGGCCCGUUUUUUGCUCGUUGUGUCUUUUCGUAAUAGUCGCCCGUUUUCCUCGGUUCUAUCGCUUUAGCAAUUUGCCAAUCUACAAACCAAAAGACCAAAAAGAAACAGUCGUUCAUCCAUCCCGUUGCAUUACUCUUGGCUGGCCAGAGAAAAGAAGAAAAUCAAUCACCACCGAAAUCCGUACACGAAACCUCUAGACAUAGAGCCUUGUAAAACGCAAACAUGCAAUUCGCUGCCGUCUCCCUGUCGCUUUUUGCUGCCUUCGUUGCGGCUCAGAACUCUACCUCUACAUCCCUCCCGGAUCUCGUCUCCCAACUACCGUCAUGCGCCGCCAGCUGUCUGGCUAGUUCCGCGAAGAGCGCCGGGUGCUCGGCGGAGGAUUUCACUUGCCUUUGCGGGGACAACAAGGAGUCGUUCAUCUCCAGCAUCACCGGCUGCAUCGGCCUCUCGUCCGGUUGCUCCCAGGACGAUAUUGGAAAGCUCUCUACUCUCGCUCCCGAGAUCUGUACCGCCGUGGCGGCGAACCCGGACGCUUCUGCUGUCGCGUCGGCUUCCAACAUCGUCAGCUCGGCCAUCGGUACCGCUACCCCUACCUCGACUCCCGGCGCCGCCGUCAGACCCGAGGUUGGAAUGGGACUAGUGGGAGCCGCCGCCUUGGCCGCUUUCGCCUUGUAAAACCACUCUGCACACACCAUCACUUCUCGAUUUAGACUUCACGAUCAUUAAUGACCCAGGAUCAGGGCGGGUGGUUGUACUUUAGAUCAUCAUAGACCGGUAGGAUGGGUCGCAAUCUAUAAGGCUGGGAAUAACUGGGGAUCGAGGGCAUCCUAUAAAAUGCCGGAUUGGGGGGGUUCAUAGGCUUUACAUAUUGGAUCUUGGACGUCCAUUAAUACACGUACAUACUUAUUGUGCUCCUGGUCUUGUCUUUUGAUGACUGACUCGUGAUCAGAUGGCUAUAAGUGGAAGCUAAGCUGUUGAAUACUUGUAGGCUGCAACUGGCGUAUAC